AUGUCUGAUAGUCUUCAUUCCCAACCUCCAGCGACCAAUCAUUUUCGGCUAUCCUUCCCAGCACCCAAGGUGCUUCUCGUGACGAUCGAUCGGGAGAAGCAACGGAAUUCUCUACCCGCCGAGGCGCAUUGGGAAGCCCAUGGCUUAUUCUCGUGGUUCGACGAUGAGCCCACUUUACUUGUCGCAAUAGUUACAGGCGCGGGCGACAAAGCAUUUUGUGCUGGACAAGACUUGGCUGAGCAGAGUACGUCUCGCCGCGGCCCCAAAACUGCAGCCCAACUGGCAGUAAUGAACCAUCCUCCGACCGGUUUCAUGGGCCUUAGCCAGCGGAGGGGGAGGAAGCCUGUGAUUGCCGCAGUAAAUGGGUUUGCACUAGGAGGAGGGUUUGAGAUAUGUCUCAAUUGUGACAUGGUGGUCGCAUCACCUCAGGCUCAGUUUGGGCUGCCUGAGGUCUCAGUUGGAUUAUACGCGGCCGCCGGAGGGCUGCCUCGGUUGAUGCGCAUUGUUGGCCUCCAGCUUGCUUCCGAAAUUGCUAUGACCGGUCGCAAGUUGACCGCUCAAGAAGCACUGGGAUAUCAACUGGUUAAUCGGGUCACCCAGGCAUCAGAGUCUGUCAUUGACGAGUCCCUCAAACUUGCGGCCCAAAUCGUGAGUUUUUCGCCGGAUGGAAUCAUUGUUACGCGUCAAGGCUUGCGUGAGGCGUGGGAAAAUCCGAGCGUUGAGCAUGCCACUUCCCGAACUAGACAUGAAUAUGUGAAUCGAUUAGUUGCAGGGGAUAACUUCAAGAUUGGCGUUGAGGCUUUCGCUAAGAAGACAAAGCCCAAAUGGGUUCCUUCGCAUCUAUGA